CUCUCAAACACCACCAAACAUCGUCUCCCUGAUUCACCACGAGUCUGUGAGGGAUUUGACAAAAGUCGGGCUGCCAACGUCCAAUUUCACUCUUGAAGCGACUGGGAAUGCUACAUAUCAGAAUUCUAGCAUUUCGAACAUUGUGAAUCCGCCGGUCACGCCUCCUUUCUACACUGGUCUGCACGGUGUGAACCUGAUACUGGACAAUCAGCUGGUGACAGUCCUCUGGGUAUCGAUAUGCGUUGCAGCCAGCGUUGUGUUGCUUAUGCGACUUGUACAGCGACUUGUGGCAUACAUCCGGAAGAUCUUCUGCAUGGCCACGAAACCUGCACAGCAGAGGUACUACGCCAUAAAUCACUCGAUGAUCUGGGCAUGGUCAAAGAAGCAAGUCAUCUAUGCUCCACUUCUCAGAAAAAGACACAACCGGGAACUCCAAUUGUCAAGCGCUACCAACUAUGGCACACUGCCAGGUCGAAUCCACUUCCUGCUACUUGUUCUCUACGGGCUCUCCAACAUGGUGUAUUGCUUGCUCCUGGACUGGAAGACUGUCGAAAAGGGCGCCUUAUUCGCGGAACUGCGUGGUCGAAGUGGCAUUCUGGCAACGGUCAACCUCAUUCCUCUGGUGGUGUUUGCUUCGAGAAACAACCUCGCCAUUCCGAUCCUCCGGGUCAGCUUCGACACCUUCAAUCUGUUUCACCGGUGGAUUGGGAGGAUCGUUGUGGCUGAAGCCAUAGUUCAUGUUCUCGCAUGGAUGGCAGCUUAUAUUCAGGCCAAAGGGAAGGAUGCCACUCCGGCGGUCUUCAACAACAACCCCUUUCUCCAGUAUGGUCUGGCAGGAUUGAUUGCGAUGCUAAUAAUGGCCUUCCAUUCCUUGUCACCUCUCCGGCACGCCUUUUACGAGACCUUCUUGCACAUCCACCAAGCUUGCGCAUUUCUCGCUCUGCUUGGAAUCUACGUCCAUCUGGAGAUGGCCAGCCUACCUGCAUUCCCUGCAAUACGAGCUGCGGUGAUAUUGUUCAUUUUCGAACGCCUCGGCCGCUUGGGCAGGCUGAUCUAUCUCAACUUUUCUUGGAAAGGGGGCAUCACCACGGUAUUCGUCGAGGCAUUACCCGGGGACGCCUCCCGGGUCACAUUUCAGCUGCCGCGACACGUCAAAAUCCGACCUGGAAGUCACGUCUAUGUCUACCUUCCAACGGUGUCACUGUGGAUGUCACAUCCAUUCUCGGUAGCCUGGACGAACAUCGAGUCAGAACCCUGCACUACUCGGAUGGCAUGGGAAGUCCCCAAGACACCCAACUCACUCGAAAGACAGGCAGUGCCUUCCAGGCUUUCCCAAGCACCAACGAGUGUUUCUCUUGUCAUGGUCGCAAGGACUGGAAUGACACGGCAGCUCUAUCAGGCGGCACGACAACAGGUUGGUGGGAAGCUGCAUCUAAGAGGGUUUCUGGAAGGACCUUACGCUGGCCACGACUCACUCACCAGCUACGGAACCGUCGUCAUGUUUGCUGGAGGCGGAGGCAUCACGCAUCACCUUGUCCAGAUUCGGCACCUACUGGCGGGUGCCCAAAUGCAAACCGUGGCGACACGCAAGAUUGUUCUCAUCUGGUCGAUCCGUGACACUGUGGCCAUGGAGUGGGUCAAGCCAUGGAUGACAGAGAUUUUGCACAUGGAGGGUCGACGGGAGAUUUUAAAGAUUGUCGUCUAUGCCAGUAGACCCAGCCAACCGAUCAAUGUGAGCAAGAGCAAGCCAACCAUGCAGAUCGUGGAAGGCAGGCUUGAUCCGGGAUCUGUCCUUGAUGAGGUGAUUCCUACCAGAAUUGGGGCUAUGAUGGUCAGUGUCUGUGGGCCUGGAGCACUGGCGGAUGAAGUUCGAGCAGCAGUGCGUAGUAGAAUACACCUCGCAAACGUGGACAUGAACGAGGAGAGCUUUACCUGGUAGAGGAUUGUGGCAGCGAAAAAUGCUCUGCACGGACAGAAGCCAACGUAGCUAGAAAUCAUCAUAGAGAAUGAAUAGUGUCUAUCCAUAAACUCAGCAGCGUAAUAACGGGCG